AAAAUAAUAUAGAAGAAAGUUGCGUUUCUUUUUAAAUCGUUGGUGCGAUCCAUCAUCCAUUACUUUAUAGUAGUAUGUUUUAUUUUAAAAUGUUUGCCAACAACAAGUAGCCCGAGCUCCUUUCAGCCUUGAAAUAGAAAUAGUUCUUUCUCUCUCUAAACAUCAUUCCCUCCAACGCUCUUUUGUUUUUAUCCUUUAUUUCCUCCUCCGACCUUUGCAAAUUCCAAAUCACAAAUCUUGCAUAUAUCUUCUCCUCAUCAACUCACUGAAAAAACAAAAUAAAAAUAGUGUGAAAAUGGCAGCUGAUCUAAGCUUCUAUGUUGGAGUCAUAGGCAACGUUAUAUCAUUGCUCAUGUUUCUCUCUCCUGUGUCAACGUUUAAGAGUAUAGUUGAGCAGCGAGAUACAAAAGAAUUUGAGAGUGUGCCAUACAUAUGUACACUCUUAAACGCGUCUUUAUGGACUUACUAUGGUAUCAUUAAGCCAGAAUUGCUUGUAUCUACCAUCAAUGGAUUCGGAGUUGUCGUCGAAUUGGUCUACGUCAUUUUGUUCCUUAUCUUUGCGCCUCGCAGAAUGAAGGUCAAGACUUGGAUUCUUGUUGGUAUUUUGGACGUGGGAUUUUUUGCUGCAGCAAUAGUGGUUCCCAAGCUGGCAUUGCAGGUUUCACAUCAAGUUGAUGCGUUAGGCAUUAUUUGUGCGGGCCUAAACAUCGUCAUGUAUGGUUCUCCUCUUUCUGCCAUGAAAACAGUUGUUACAACUAAAAGUGUGGAGUACAUGCCAUUUCUUCUAUCGUUUUUCCUCUUCUUGAAUGGAGCAACUUGGACGCUAUACGCAGUGCUUCGAUGGGAUAUUUAUCUUAUGGUGCCAAAUGGAACAGGAUGUUUUCUUGGAGCUGUACAGUUGGUCCUCUACGCUAUUUAUAGAAAUGCUAAGCCUGCCAAGAGUGACUUGUCGGAAAAUUUGAUCGAGGAAGGUUCACAACAUGCGCCUCUUAUCUCUUCUUCGAGUCAGCUGCCAAAGAAAGAUGCCAGGUGGUGAAACAACAUAAGCAAGCAUGCUCCUCUUUUCUUUGAAGUUUAUGUAUUCACUCUAAUAUUAUUGUUUAGAGAUAAGAAAAAUGAUAUGGGGAUAUGCUCUUCAAAAUUGGAUUGACGAGUGCAUCAGAUUGUUGUUGUAUAAAGUUAUUAUUGAUAUCGAGUAUAAAACAAGCAUUUGUUACUAUCA